AUGAUGUACAAUCGAAAGCCAUAUGAGGCGUUGAAGGUAAAAAGAUUGUGUCAUCUGCAUCGAUGGGUACCAUACGGUGUACACGCGGUGGAGCAGGUGCUGAUUAACAAUGAGAAAAACUUGAUUUGCGAGAUUGACUUCAUCGACGAUGGGAUCGUCGGUUCUAACAUUACACAGGUAGAGGAGGCGGUCGAGAAAGCAUCGUCUGUUUCUUUAAAAAGGAACAACGAUAGAUGUGGAAGGCGUGAACCGGAAGCUUUGGCGGUGACAACCCCGAAUCUAUAA